AAAAAUGGAUCCUGAUUAAUGAAAGCAAAAAUUGGGACGACGCCUUAAUUUACUGCAGAAAGCACCAUGAUAACCUGGUCUCCAUCACAAGCAGUGAACAGCAAGAAUUGGUGAAGGAGAAAGCCGAGAACGCCACCACUGCGUAUGUCUGGCUGGGACUGCGCUACAGCUGCGCUCUCGAUCUGUGGUUCUGGGUUGAUGACCAGCUUGCCUGCUAUCAGAACUGGGCCAAUGAGACAGACACUGGACACUGCAACCUGGCUGUAGCCAUGGAGACAGGAGGAGAACAUAAGUGGUUCAAGAAAGAUGAUGAAGAGAAGUUUAACUUCAUCUGUUCUCUGUGA